GAGAAAUGGAGACUUCUUGUUUUGCUAAAAAUGUCAUUUUUGUUUGGGCUUUGGCUAUCAUUGCUUUAUCCCCUUUGGCUUGUGUUAAAGCUGGAUGCACCAAAAAACAGACGAGAGCUCUCUUGGAGAUCAAAAACGCCACAAAUGCUUCUUCCCUUGCGGGCUGGGACGGAAGGGAUUGUUGUAAAGUGGGCGCAAUCUUUUGUGGUGGUGUUGCUGGAGGAGUUAGCGAAAUAGAUUUGUAUGGGGAGUACGAUUCAUCAAGAAGUACAUGGUAUCCAAAUGUAACCUUGUUCAUCUUAUUUGAUGAACUCGAAAAACUAUCAAUGUAUGACAUGCAAAUUGGAGGAGGGCUCCAAGCUUUUUGCGAACUGAAGCGAUUAAAUCAUCUAAGAUAUUUGGAACUUCAGGUUAAUAGAUUGGAAGGCGUUAUUCCCUCUUGUCUUGGGAUGAUUGGAAACCUUCAAUACCUUGAUCUUUCAAGUAAUCGCUUUCAUGGUAAUCUACCUCCAUCAAUAUUCUCCAAACAAAGCAAGAUUUGGGUGUUUGAUGUUUCGGACAAUCAAUUAGAUGGGCUUUUAUCAUUUUCUACAUUUGCCAAUGCUUCAAGUCUCCAAUACCUUUAUCUUUCGGGUAAUCGCUUUCAUGGUAAUCUACCUCCAUCAAUAUUCUCCAAACAAAGCAAGAUUUCGUAUUUUGAUGUUUCGGCCAAUCAAUUAGAUGGGGUUUUAUCAUUUUCUACUUUUGCCAAUGCUUCAAGUCUCCAAUACCUUAAUCUGGCAGGUAAUUACUUUCAUGGUAAUCUACCUCCAUCAAUAUUCUCCAACCAAAGCCAGAUUACGGAGUUUGUUCUAUCGGAUAAUCAAUUAGAAGGGCUAUUGCCUUUUUCUAUUUUUGCAAAUGCUCCAAGUCUCGAAAACCUUGAUCUUUCGGGUAAUCACUUUCAGGGCAAUCUACCCCCAUUAUUAUUCUCUAACCAAAGCAGGAUUGGGCGGUUUGACGUUUCAAGCAAUCAAUUAGAAGGGGUAUUGCCUUUUUCUAUUUUUGCCAAUGCUUCAAGUCUAUACUACCUUGAUCUUUCAAGCAACUGCAAUUUGGAAGUUGAAACCGAAUCUUCCUCAUGGGUUCCAACCUUUCAGCUAACUUAUCUGAACUUGGCGAAUUGCAGCCUCAACAAGAGGAAUGGUCAUGUUAUCCCAAGCUUCAUCUCCACCCAAGAUUCCUUGAAAUGGCUAGACUUGUCUCACAACUUAAUAGAGGGAAGCAUACCUUGUCAAUUGUUAUUCAGCAAGAGCAUCAGCGUUUUAUCCUUGAGAAGUAGCAAAAUUGAUGGUUCUCUUUCUCUUGGUUGCUUUGCUAAUCGAACUUCAUCACUUAGAUCCUUUGACAUAUCAGAUAAUAAUGUCACAGGUUCUAUUCCUGAAAAUAUUGGACAUCUUCUUCCAAGCUUAUAUCAUGUUGACAUGUCCUCAAAUGCAUUAGAGGGCAUCAUUCCUUUGUCUUUUGGUGAUCUACAUUUUGAAAUAUUAGACCUUUCCAAUAACAUGCUCUCAGGGACAAUUCCGCAAAGCUUGACUAGAGAUGGCACCCCACUGGUAUAUCUAAAUCUAUCAAACAAUAAAUUGAAAGGAGAAAUGCUCCCAAGGGACGCCAACAUGACAUGGUUGGAGUGCUUACAACUCAGCGGCAAUCAAUUUGAAGGAAUUAUCUCUCCCACGAUAUCAAACAGUCCCUCUUUGGUAAUCCUAGAUAUUCGAAAGAAUAGCAUGUCUGGUAAUAUUCCAAAGUGGUUGUAUGAUCAUCCUCGCUUGGUUGCAGUUCUUAUAAGUGGAAAUCGCUUUGAAGGUCACCUACUACGAAGAAUGUGUCAAAUGGAAAGUUUGCAAGUUUUUGAUAUCUCUGAUAAUCUUAUUUUAGGAAGUAUUCCAUCUUGCCUUGAUAACAUUACAUUUUGGAAGAAGAGUUCUCCAAGCUCUACUGACUCAAACUAUUUCACUCGAAAGGGUCGACUGUAUUACCUAGUAAAUGCAAAUCAACCAGAGAUUGAAUUGGAUAGUGGAAGAGGCUUUCCGGUAGAACUAGACAUUAAAGUGGACAUUGGAACGGACUUACGGGUAAAACAUAUUCUAUAUACUUUCAAAGGUGUCCCACUUUUGUUGAUGACUGGAAUUGACAUGUCAUCUAACCAAUUGACAGGUGGCAUUCCUUCUGAAAUGGGAGAAUUGUCACAGCUUCGAUCCUUGAACCUAUCAAAUAAUUUUCUAACAGGCCCCAUUCCAAGUUCUUUUCAAAACUUGAAAAAUGUGGAAAGCUUGGAUCUUUCCCACAACAAGUUGAGUGGGGGAAUCCCUUAUGAGUUGGUUGGACUGACUUCUCUAUCUACAUUUUUUGUUGCAUAUAACAAUCUUUCUGGAAGAAUCCCAUUUGAGCAGCAGUUCUCAACUUUCGGGAUAAAAAGCUAUGAUGGAAAUCCUGAUCUCUGUGGAGACCCUAUGCCAAGAAACUGCUCACCCACGAACCAGCUUGAACCUGGACAUAAGGAUGAAAAGGAAGAGACUAGAAUAAUUGAUAGCCCUUUAUUCUUCUAUGCAUUUGUUGCUGUCUCUUACGCAUUCGGAUUUUGGGUUUUCUUUGGGAUCCUUAUCAUUAACAAGAAUUGGAGGCAUAUUUAUUUUAGAGCUGUGGAUCGAUUUAUUGAGUCAUGUUUUGAAAUGCUCUCCAAGUAUCGGUGAUUCACAACCAACUUUGUAGCCGAAGUAGAAAACAUAUCUAUUGUUUAUCUUCAAUAAAGAUGUUGUAUUGCAAAGUGCUUCUAGCUUACAACUGGAAGUAAAAGUUGUGUACAUGUUGCAAGAGUUCUAGAAUUUCAUUUUAGGCUGAAAAUUCAUUUUCAUGGGAUUUGUUGCACCUUAUAGAAUUUGAAAUUGAAUUACCUUAGUUUAGAUUUUCAAA